GCCAACUUCAGUUCGGAGUCGUAUACUGCAGUUUGCCCCUCAAAUCAAUCAAAUUUGAGCUGCAUAUCGAAAUUUUGUUUUGAUUAUGUAAAAAAACGGCUCACCACCAAAUUUUUUAAUUAAACCAUCAAAAUAAUGGAAAAAAAUAAAGUUCAAUAAGUUAAAGUUACGUGGCCAGCUUUCCACAGGUAAAAUGGAAAGUAAGAAGGAAAUUACCCCGAAAUGAAGAGGUGUCAGCUCGACUCCCUGGUAUAGAAAAUGUAGAUUGUGAUGGAUCUUCCUACUUGUCGAGUUGUGUCAGAGUAUAACAGCUUAAAACACUUCUAAAACAUGGCUUAGGCCCUCAAACACUGAAGUAUUCAAGCAGAGGGUUAAUCGGUUUGCAAUCUGCAAGCAAAAUUUUACUUUAAAAAACCACCAAAAUUAUAGUUGGUUCAGUAUUGAGAGUAGUGCAUCAUUACUUGAUGCAUAGUAUAAAUAACUGUUGCAAUGCCAUUAUCAUUGGGUAGAACAGACUUUUUAAUGAUUUAAUAUGAAUGUGUUUAAGGAAGUCUAUCUACAAGCAGGGAAUAUUAAAAUGAAGAAGGGAUGGUGGAUCUCUUUGUUGCUACUGCGCAAAGCAUUCAUUGUGCGCAAAAGACACUAUAUAUUGACACUUGUUGAAAUACUUUUUCCAGUAUUAAUAUUUAUCCUUAUACUAAAUAUCAAAGGCUUGCAGAAUCCUACAAUAGAAUAUUUAGAAGAAGAUGGUACUUACUUUCCCAUAGUGUCAAAAAGGUCAAUGAUAUCUAUGUUGAACAGGGAAUUGAUCAAUAUUUAUUAUGUGCCUCGCAACAACUUUACAAUUAAUCUAAUGGAUUAUACGAGAGAUUGCUUAGCAUUGCCCAAUGACAAAAUAAUUGGAUUUACAACGGAGGAAAAUAUGAUAGAAACAUAUAUACAGAAGCAGUUUAAUAACAGCUACAGUGAGGUCCUGGCUAUAGUUUUUGAUGUGAAUAAUACCAGAUCUGUACCAAUGAAUCUCAAGUACAUCCUGAGAUCUUCAAAAGCCUUGCCAUCUGACCUUUUCCAUGGUAUUCUUAAUGCAUUGACAGACUCACACGAGUUUGUUAAAACAUUACCAGUCACUGCAGUUCAAAUGUGUUUGGAUGAAUCUUUUAUCAAUAUAUCUGCACCACAACCUACAUUUCAAACUGAGCUUUCUAUUCAACAAAUGCCUAUUACACUUGAAGGUGUGGUUAACCAACAAAGUUCCGAAUCAAACAAUUUACUUGUUUAUCCAACCGUUAUAGUAUUUCUGGCAUCUUUUUUGAUAGAGCCAACUUACGUUGCUGUGGAGAAUUCUAUUGGGAUUGACAUGUUAAUGGCUACUACUGGUGUGCGUUCCUAUCAGAAUCUAUUAAGCUGGAUCAUCAGUGGGAUGAUGCUGGGUACCGUUUACAUAUCCCUAGUUGUGGUAGAAUUAAAGUUACCCUUGUUUACCGAUAUGGCAUAUCUGCAAUAUGGAAACGGUUUUUUACUUUGGCUGGCAUUAUUUCUAAAUCUUGCUCAUUGGAUAGCCAAUGGCCUGCACAUUGGGGCAUACUUUUCGAAACCACAUUCCGCCAGUAUCGGCUUAUGCUUAUGGCUGAUUGCUACGCUGCUGAUUUAUAGAGAACUGGUAUCAAAGAAAUUGUAUACUGUUAUGUCGUGUCUCGGAAUCCUCAUGCCCUGCUCUAUGUUAAUAUCUAUAUUCAAGGAAAUCAACGCAUACGAGUUUAAAUUAAUUGGAGUGCAGUGGAGUUAUCUGUUUACACCAGGAAGUAUACCUUCUGCCAAGACCACCAGUCUAGGUGUCACAAUGAUGUUUUCAAUAUUGGGAAUCAUUUUGCACGUCCUGUUGGCCAUUUACGUUCACGCCAUAUUUCCAGGGAAAUAUGGUGUAGCGAGGCAUCCGUUAUUCUUUCUACAGCGAACAAAUAAGAACAGGAUAUGCAAUCAGAACAACAUAGAAGACGUCGACGAUGCUGUAAAGAAUGAUAAACGAUUUGAAACAAUAUCUAAAGGCGUAGUGAAACCUGGUAUUCAAAUCCGUAAUCUCAAAAUGACGUACAGUUCAAACUUGUUCCAUAAAUCUACAGUUGAAGUCCUUAAAGGGCUAUCAGUAGAUUUUUAUGAAGGAUUAAUAACGUCUUUACUCGGCCAUAAUGGUGCUGGCAAAACAACCCUCAUGUCCAUAAUAACUGGUUUGACUAACCCUAACGAUGGUUCAGUUUUCAUAAAUGGGAAAAAUGUAAGUCAUGAUUUGGAUUCCAUCCAAAAAGACUUGGGUGUCUGUUCACAAGAUAAUAUUUUGUUCCCGGAUCUCACUGUUUAUGAACACAUUGAAUUUUUCGCAAAGUUGAAAGGUGAUACGAAAACGAAUAAACAAAUAAAAAAGGAAGUCGAUUCUUUACUAUCUAAUCUUGGAAUAACAGCUAGGAGGAACUUUGUACCGAAGAAAUUGUCUGGUGCACAAAAGAGAAGACUGUGCUUGGGAAUUGCACUUGCUGGCGAUGCUAGUGUCUUAAUUUUGGAUGAACCUACUUCCGGUAUGGAUCCAGAGGGUAGACGCUACACUUGGGAUUUAUUACUGAAAUUACGUGGAAAGAAAACUAUAAUAAUUACUACACACAGUAUCGAUGAAGCUGAUAUACUGGGAGAUAGGAUUGCAAUAAUGCAUACUGGACGUAUGAUAAGUUAUGGGACUUCGAUGUUCCUUAAAAAAUUAUAUGGUCAUGGCCGCCUUGAGGUUACUUUAUCCACGGAAUCCUGGUCGGAUUCUAAACGAAUCCAGGAUGCUAUUGGUUUGAAUGCACAAGUGCGUAGCUUAGGUAAUGGCAGAAUUGCACUGAGUAUUCCUCCUACCGAAGAACUUCCACGUAGGUUGGAUAAUUUGGAACAACAGAAGAAGCAGCUGGGUGUCACUGGCAUAAGCCUAUCCAUUAUUACAUUGGAACAAGUGUUUUUGAUGAUUACCGAAGAGGAGGAAGAAAAGAAAGAGGAACUGCAGCUUCAGGAUUCUAUUGAUUCCAAAGACGCCAUAACUAUACAGCCUGAGAAGCUAACUGGUUGGAAAUUUAGCUUACAAAUAAUUUUUACAUUGAUUGAAAAGAAAAUUACUUUUUCUGUUAAAAAUCAGUGGAUUUACUGCUUUAUUGUUUUCAUUUCUGUUGUUGGCAUAGGAGCAACGGUCAUCUAUGAUAAGAAAACUAAAGAGGUACUGACAUUGCAGUCCGUAAAAUUAGACGUAUACGGUAAUUCCCAAACGUGGUAUUCGAGCGACAGUGAAAUACUAGAUAAGAAGUACAGGAAUAUCGUGGAAAGUUAUAACAGCAUCGCAAAGAAGGUGAAAAAUACAACAAACAUCAACGAAGUCUUAUACAGUUUUGCCAAGACAGACUUUCCUGUGUAUCGAAACAGUUUUAUUGUGGCAGCUGAAUUUAAUGUUACGCAGGGUGUCGUCAAUGCAAAUGGACUGUUCUCAGGCAUGGCGACCAGGAGUAUUCCCAUAACUGUUAAUCUCCUAUCGAACACACUGAUAAAAAGCUUGGCAGGAGAUGAUUACAGCAUUGAUAUCUCUGUUCUGGCAUUUCCAGACAUUCUUUCUAAUUACAAAUUAGAUCUUUUCGAGAUUACUGUCCUUGCCGGUCUUAAGACUUCAAUUCUCAUUCAUUUUCUAUUCCUGGCGGUAUGUCUGUUUGUGAAACAUCCACUUCAGGAAAACGCAAUAGGCGUAAAACACUUGCAGCGCAUGACCGGAAUAUCUGGAUUCUCUUAUUGGGCUGUCAUCUAUGUAAUUGAUUUACUUCUGGUGUUAUGUACAAUUUUUCUCAUGAUCGUUUUUGUGUGUUUGAUCGAUUUCCAAGUGGACAUACGACUAUACAGGAUUAAUGAAAUUAGUAUUAUAAUUGUCCUUCUUUUACUGUUCUUCAUGAGUUCCCUACCAAUAGUUUAUAGUCUUAGUUUUCUACGUAAAUCAUCGAAAAUAGUAAUACUGACAUUAUUCUUAGUGCCUGUGACGGUAGUUUCCACAGAUAUUUUUCUCUAUCUAAUAGCCGAAUUCCAAGAGGAUGAUGCAACAUUUAAGAAAAUAUACUGGGUCCUGCAUAAGAUAUUUCUGGUAAUACCCCAUGUGAGUUUUUCAUACGGCUACUUCGAUUUCAUGAAAACAGCAGCACUUAACGCUCGAUGCCGAUCAUUGCCCAAAGCUAUAUACGAGGUCAUAUGUAUGAAAAAUGAUAUGUGUUGCAAACUGGAGUGUGCUGACGGCUCCUGCAAAAAGUCAUUUCCAUACUUCAAUAACUUCGACACAAAGAACAGUUUAGAAGAAAACAUGAUAUACUUAGCUGUUGCGCCGUUGCUCUACUUUUUGGUGCUAGGUCUACUGGAGCAGAAUAUAUUUAUUAAACUAUUUACACGUUUACGGCAUGUCGCUACGCGUUCCAAAGAAGAUCAGGACGAGGUCGACGGCGACGUCAAAGUCGAAGAGGACCUAAUAGCUCGAGCUAUAAACAUUCGCAGCAGUCAAGGGAAAGACGAUCAAGCAUUACGCCUAUCCAAUAUGAGUCCAAAUUGCGAAAAUCCUGCGAAUGGUGAACAUGACGAGUCAACUCUAUUCUUGGCUUAUCGUCUUCGUAAAAAUUACGGAAAGGUUAAGGCUGUGAAGAACGUGAGCUUCCGAGUGAAGAAACACGAGUGCUUCGGCUUCCUGGGUGUGAACGGUGCCGGAAAGAGUGCGACUUUCCGUAUGUUGACGGGCGAGGAGUUACCAUCUGGUGGGGUGAUGUUGCUGGGUUCUUACAACAUUCAAUCGAAUCGCAAAAAGUACCUAGAACAGAUGGGAUAUUGUCCGCAAAGUCACGACCUAAUCCCAUCUUUAAAUGCAUGGGAGCACCUGCGAUUGUUUGCCGGUCUACGUGGGAUACCCAGGUCUUGCAUAAACCAGGAAGUCGCUAAGUGGAUUAAUCUAACGAAUCUUAAAGCUUGUGCUAAACAACCAAGUAAGACCUACAGCGGUGGUAAUAAGAGACGAUUAAGUAUCGCAAUCGCUCUUAUUGGCGGUCCACCUCUUGUCCUUCUGGAUGAACCGACGACAGGCGUCGAUCCAGCAGCUAGGAAAUCAUUAUGGAAGGUCAUAAGAUCUUGUCAGGCCACAGGGCAGGCCAUUAUAUUCACAUCCCACAACAUGGAGGAAUCCGAAGCGCUUUGCGACAGACUUGUCAUCAUGGUGGAUGGCAUACUCGUUUGCGUUGGUGCAAGUCAGCAAUUGAAACAAACAUUCGGCGCUGGUUUUGAUAUCUCAAUUAAAUUAAAUCCACAGAGAGAUGACACUAUUGUCAAGAAGAUUAAAGACGGUAUCGAAUGCGCAUUGACUUGUACGCUGCGGGACGAAAAUAUUGGCUACCUUGCUUAUCAUGUUGACAAUCCCGAGACUACUUGGCAAACAAUGUUUCAGGCACUUGAUAAUCUUAAGAAAAAUUACGAAGUCAUAGAGGAUUUUAUUAUACUAUCCUCGACCCUUGAACAAUUAUUUAUGCAAUUUGCAAGAACGAAAAACAAUUUUGCACAGAAUCAGUCUACAGUUCAAAAUUCCUCAAUGAAUGUUAUUGCCAACAGGGGCUAUAUGCCUUAAAUAUUUUGAAUUAAGUGUCGUCAAAGUAAAAGUAUUAUUAAAUAAUAAUAUUGCCUUUUAAGCAAGAUUCAAAUGCGAAUAGUAUUAAUGAAAAACCAAAAAUCGAGAAUAACGAUAGUAACCAUCUGAAUAUAUUUUUUUCUAUUAAGCAUCGUUGCAUUUAUGGCAUGUAUAUGCGCACUAUAUUUUCACGAUUUAUACUUGUGCUCUGUGGUGUUUACUAUAUUUAUUAUUACUGUAUUUCUGUAACAAUAUUCUCCAAGAGAGAAAUAAAAAAAAAUUUGUACCAUAAUGUGGUGCAGUUGAUAUUUUUGCAUUGAUCUUACAUUUUGUAAAAUUUAAUGCUUUUGUGUAAUGAAUAAAUAUUUAAAAGCA